UUUAACAUCAGCGGCAUAUGCCGUGAAACUUGUUGUCUUUGCGGCAGCAGUGCAACGUAAUACAUAACAAUAUAGAAAAUAUGUGAAAUAUCUAUAUAAUGGUUAAAUUGAACACGUAGCGCAAAAUGGAAACAAGUGUUUGUUAGUGUCCGUAGGUUCAAUGUCCAUUCAGAAACCGAUGGCAGAGGGGGAAAAGCUGUUCCUGAAUCAAGAGCUGUGGGCUUUACUAAUCGCACGGCUCGGAGAGGAAGGCGCGGAACUAGCGUGCAGAAGGGGUAGGUCCGACUCCGGAUACCCGGUGCCGCGGGCAGUGCGUUCGGGCACUUCACUCGUCCUCCGCUCACCCUUCCUGCCGGCCUCGGCGACUCUGUGGAAAACUCAAGGUGUGCAGUGUAGUUACCUGAUCAUCCAGCCGGCUCUAUCCCAGCCGGUUCGGCUGGGAGACACAGUGACCCUGACAUGUCUCAUGCGGCAUAAGACCUUCACCGUAUACAGCAAUGUGUACUGGAUGCGGCAACAGAACGGAAAGGCCCCCACGCUGUUGGCGUAUUCGUUUCUCAACUCCAGGCAGACCUUCCUGUCCGACGGGCUUUCGAAUACUUCAUCCUUCAACGUGUCGGUGGACAGCCAGAGCUUAAACCUAACCAUAACCAAAGUGACUCCCUCGGACGCUGGCAUUUAUCUCUGUGCAGGCUGGAGUUUAGGGAAAUUGUCCUUCGGAAAUGGAACCAAGUUGACCCUGACAGGCUUCAGCAGCGCGCCGUCCCCGACCAGCAGCAGUGCCGCCGGCACCGGCUCGCCGCAGUGCUGGCCGCUGUCCUCCCUGACCAUGGGCCUGCUGGUGCUGGCCGCCAUCUCCCUGCUGGUGCUGCUGGCAGCCCUCGUCUACAUCACCCAGCGAAAGACAGGUUGGCCUUGCACCCGGCCCGCUCAGCAGGCACCAGUGAAUCCACGUGCAGCCCACAGAGAGAACCCUGCGGAGGACGAGAUCCAUUAUGCCUCCAUGAGUUUAUCUCCUGCAGUGAAUCGAAAGGAUAGAGUGGAGUGUAACAUGGUGUACGCCGAGGUCAGGCAGGACCAUCUCUGAAGGAGUCCGGUCCCCCAU